GGGAGCUGGAAGGCCGUGCCACAUACCCCUUCUCUUCCUCUUCCUGUACAUGUCCUCUUUUCUUGUCUGGCUGCAGUCCAUUCUGCAGCGUCUGAGGGUCAAAUUCUCCCGUAAUAUUCAUGGCAUCCUCAAGUUCUUCUCUUGGCUCCUUCGCCAGUCGCGGUGUUCGCGCGGAUUGUUGAAGGCGGCAAAGGGUCGGGGUGGCACACAGGAUUCAAUAAUACCGAAGGACACCUCCUCUCCAUCACCCGAGCGCAUCGUUCUGACCAAACCCGAACCCGACGUUUCCAUCGCUGCGAGCGCCGUGCCCCGUUCCGCGUAUGCGGGGAGCGUUCCAAACCUUGCCGCCAUCCCAGAGAGCCCCAACCCUCCUCGACCUUCCACAUGGUUCACUCGUCCCAACUCUGUCGCAGUACCAAACCACGAAUCCCUAAGCCCAUACCCAACCCAUGCUCCAUUCCAUACUCGAUCAUGUCAGGACAUCCCCCUUCAUUCACGCCCCACACAUGAGGCCAACACCGAGGACAGCGCGAGCACAAGUAGCCACCGUCAGUCAGUCGCCAGCCACAUCGGGUCCAUUAAUGUCGUUACGGGCUCGGCUACGCGAGUAUCGUCUCGAGCACCUUCGAGGUACUUCGGUGGAGGGCUGUCGCAGGCGUCACGAUCCCCGUCUCGAAACCGUUCCCGAGCUCCCUCCCCGGUUCAAACCAAUGGUCCCAGCAUUGCCACACCUAUCUCGACUCCUCCUGUUCGUUCUGGAACCCUAGGAACCCGGUCGUCGUCUAGUGUCAACUUGAGCGUAGUGAGCCCUUCGGAAUCGUCUUUAGCUUUAAACAACGAGUCGCUCGCGUUCUCGUCGUUACAUCCUGGAUCGGUACCGCACUCGCCUAGGUCUUCGAGAGUUGAACUUGGCGCGAAUGGUGCGAAUGGUGCUGUCGAACCUUCUAAUGAAUCAGUGACCGUGGAUGACGGGUCGCAGGCUUCUAUACCCUUACCAGAGGGGAGACGGCUCAACCACCUAAGUCCCGAAAGGACACAACGAUAUGACAGGAUCUUCAUAGUACCCCAGUUUCAAGACGUGGAGACGGUUUUUCCAGCCCUGAAGACAUCUUGGCCACACUGCAAGGAAGACGAGCACGGAAAUUGGAUACCCGCAUCUUCUGGGGACUGGACUCCAAUGCUGCACCCCGAAGGCAACUUGUACUUCUAUCACCCCGACAAGCACAUCUAUACCGACAUGUAUCUAUACAACGACACGAUUCGCGCGGAAACAGAACUUUUCGCGGCAUACUUGGACGAUCUGCUCUUAGCCUUGCGCAAACCUUUACCUACGAACAAUUGGGAGCUCGUACUUGAGGUACGGGAUUGUGAUGACGGCACGAAGGACUGGUUCUACUAUUAUAUCGACCACGAACAGCGAUGCGUCUUCUGGUUGCAGACGUAUGCCGAUCCGGACUUCGUCGACGAUAAUAAAAUCAAACAUAAUCCGUCGCACCUAAAAAUGCUACUCGAGUCCCAAUACUGGGUCCAUUGGGCUUACUUUCCCAAAGGAGACCGCGAUUUUCCUGUAGAAGUCUCGGACGAUCUCCAGGGCCUGCUUAUAACGUGUGGCGUCGAUUUCAUCACUUCUACCGCGAGCACUUGCCCUUAUACCGUCGCUGACGUGAAGACCUUCACGAGUUUCAUCAAAAAGGCUCAAUCUUUACCGGAUCCGAAACAUAAUCCUUAUUUGGCGUGGACGAUAGCACGACUGAUGUCUUUCAUGGUGUAUUGGCGAUGGUGUCAUUUCCAUGGACAGCGAGGAGCCAGGCUGGACCGAGAACAAUCAGUUCAUCGAAUGGAACCACGGCCCAGGACGCUUCUCAUUUCCAUAUUCUCCCCCGUAUUUUUCUUCGCCCCUGAGGUCCAUCUGACGGAGGUGGAGAAAAUCUGGACGGACGAGGUCUUGAACAACACGACAUGGAAGCCAUUCAUCGACAAGUUGCUUGCUGAGUGGCAGGAGUUCGUCCUUUUCGGGACCGUGCUGUUGAACGCUAAUGUCGCGUUUCUGGAGAUUCCGUAUGUCGGGGAGACUGCUCAAGCCGGGGUCUCACAGAUACUCAGUUACUUGUCCAUCAUUGCGAGUGUCGGAACUAUAGUCCUUGGCCUGCUCCUCAUCCGACAGAAUCGCGCCAAGGCAUCGCGGGAAGUACCUGCCGAAGCGGCUAAUCAUCUGAUAGCCAUGAAGUCAAAGAAGUAUGGUCUGGAACCACUCGCCAUAUUGUAUAGUCUUCCAUACGCUCUCCUGAUGUGGUCAAUGCUCCUCUUCGUCGUCGCAUUCCUCACCCUCUGCUUCAACGGCUCCGACCUCACCACCCGCCUCCUCGUCGGCCCCGUCUUCCUCGCCAUAAUCGUCCUCAUCACCUGGUGUCUCCUCUCCGGCAUCUCCAUCGCCGCCGACACCUGGUUCGCCGGUUCCCGGCGGCUUUGGUCCAAAUGGAUAGAGUUGACGAAGAAUAAUAGGAUGGUGUUCCAGCAGCGGUGGGCAGAAAGGGAUGGGGACAGGUCAUUCCUGUGGGAGGAGGUGAGGAGGUGUUUUCAUUUUCGGGGAGUCGACUCGGAGGAAGUGGCCAUGGGGAAUGGGAUGGGGAUGAGAGCCAGUGAUACGGCUAGUUAUAUAUCUACGCGCACGCACAUGAAUGAUAACGCUACUGUAUGAUUGUGAUGUCGAUAGGGUUGUAGUCGCGGGGUGGACCUGUGCCACUGGCAGGUGCGACCAUUGUAUUUACGCCAUACUUAAACUGUGUCUUUUUUCCUUUUCUUUUCUUUCUGUAUUAUACUUGUACCUAUUAGACACUUACUAUCGUUCUGGAUGCUGUAUCUCUGGUACAUACU